AAUUGUUUAGUUUCUAAGGUGCGUCUGAUGCAGUCACGAAUAUCUUGAGAUAGAAAUCUUAUUUCUUCUAGUUUGACGAUUUUAAUGGGCAAUUUAAUUGAAAACUGUACUGGACUCUAGUUUAAUGUCGCCAUAACUCAUUGCCUAAACAUUGAAGAGCUCUGCAAGCCUCGGUUUGGUAUAUAUCAGCUCCUUGAGGUCUUGACAUGGGGAAUGCCAAUGGAAGAAACCCCGACAGCUCUCCACACAGUACAAGCUCCAACAGCAGUUGCAGCUGCAGUUGCAGCUGUGUAUGUGCAGAGCAUGGUGAUAACCUGAGUAUCAUAGGCAAUAAGCUACAUAUUAAUGGAAACUUAAAUUUUACUGGAUACUUGAAUUUCAUGCACGAAGGAGUCUUGAAUCUCACCGGAAAUGGCAACAUGAUAGAGAGGCUGAACUUUUACCUCCGGCAAGAUGCCUACGGAAAGACUGUCGUUCUUCACAAUGAUAUCUUAAAGAUUACUGGGAACGGUUACCGCGUUACCGGAGCCUACAACGACGAUAUCAAUCUACCAACGUCGUAUAUCAAACACAAAGGCUCCCUGCGUAUCCAAGGCAACGGCAACAACAUUCAAGACAUUCACAUCUACGGGAACUUUACCGAUGAUUUGACCUCUAACUGGCACUUAGACAUCAUUGACAUUAUAGGCAAUGGAAAUUUCGUAGAUACAGUGACGUUCUUCAACAAUCAAGUGUUUGGCCAGGUGAAGGUCAAGCUAAAUGAAAUACUAAGCAUCAAGGGAUUCGGCAAUCGCACCGAGAACCUAAAGACUUACAUCGAAGAUAUCGAAUGUCUCGAGUUCAAUCAUGGUCAUUACAACAAGCAAGGUGACUUUGUCUAUCGUCAUGUUGACCAGACUUUAUUUGACGAGGACGUGACCCAGGAUGUUAAAGAUUUUAAAGCGAGAAUGCCAGCGUCUCAAGAUGAGUUAGCCGCUAGUCAUUUAACAAUCAGCAGGAUUUCCGAACAGGCUCAUCAGUGCUCCAAUAACGCCUGUGUAUUUGAUAACCGGACUCCAACUGCUCAGCUCGAUUGUUGCUUCACAACAAGUUCUUGUCAAACCAAAGGAGACCCAAGUUAUCAGACCACAUGCACUCAGCAUUGCCAUAGCCAGAACAGCUCAAGUGUGACUGCAGAUCCGAACUCGCACGCACAGCGUGAGAAACUUGCUCACGAGCUGGAAGCGUUGAAAGCACAACGAAUCUGUCGAGUUUGCAGGAGCAAAGACUCGUGCAUGACCUUCACCCCAUGCGGCCAUUUUGUCUCUUGUGAGGACUGCUGCUCAGGAGUGGACCGCUGCCCUACCUGUCAAUCACCCAUUGACACCACAGUUAAAACGUUUAUUACUUAAAGACCAGGUGAUCUACUAGUAUCUAGAUAGAGAUGUAUAGAAUGUACUAGUAUCUAGAUAUAGGUGUAAAGAAUGUACUAGUAUGUAGAUAGAGUUGUAAAGAAUGUACUAGUAUCUAGAUAUAGGUGUAAAGAAUUUACUAGCAUCGAGAUAGAGUUGUAAAAAGAAUUUUGGUAGUAUUGUAAAGAGAAAGUUCAUAUGAAUUUAGGUAGUAAAUGAAUACAGUUGUAAAGAGAAACUUCACAUGCAGUUCAGACAAUAAGUGCGUAUGAUAAGCAUUAGGCCAAAAAGAAACUAUAACAUCAACAAUGUUUUACAUAAUUGUAUACAUUAUCAUUACUAUCAUUAUAUCAUUAUUUCUUUACAAACAUGUCACAGUGUCAUGUAGUAUCAUAAUCUUAUACAUUCAUUGAACACUUAGCGCUAUUGCUUUGUAAUGCACGAGUUUCUUGUUGCGUGAACAAUAAGCAAUGUUUGUGAGCAGGUAAUCAAUGAUCAAUAAAUUUACUUAAAUAACUUCUUUUAA